AUGUCACAGCAGUUACUGCCCCAGGCAUACCUCACAAAUUUCCACAAUAGGCUCAGAAAUGAGAAUGUGCCUUGUUUCAUCACAGGUCAGCCAACGAGGGGCCACAAACGUUCCAAGGUCGUGAACUACGCCGAAUUCGAGACUGACUUGCUGGAAGAGUUUGUGGACGAUGAGGGCAAAGACCUAAACGGCAAAGAAGACGAGAAUGGAAAAGCCGCUGUAUCUGCUGAAGAUCUAGCCAACGAAAAUGCCUUGCCAGAUCUGGACGCUCAGGACGAUCCGACAAAUAUUCUCAAGUACCCAAGAAUACGUGAGACAUUUCUGCAAAGCAAAGUCGCUACACCUUACAAGGUUAAGCUUUCAAAACAAACUAAUGCGCAUCUAGCACCUGUGAUAAUCCCAAUACGUCUCAAUGUAGAACACAAUGGCCACAAAGUGAUUGACUUUUUUACGUGGAAUCUGAACGACCAAUCUAUCACGCCAGACCAGUUCGCAGCCAUUUACUGCCAAGACUUAGACUUCCCUGUCACUGCCGCUGUCUGCACCCAAAUAAGCGCAUCUAUCACUGAACAACUGCAAGAAUACUCAACUUUGGCGUCCGUCGUGGUUCCCGACCUGCACGUCAUCAUCAAUCUCACCUGCAAUCUGGAUGACAAAAUGUACGAGGACAAUUUUGAGUGGGACCUCAAUGAUCAAACUUUGACCCCAGAACUUUUCGCGAGUACGGUAGUUCAAGAUCUUGGCUUGACUCGGGAGUUCGCGCCGGCUAUAUCACAUGCGCUGCAUGAAGCAUUGCUCCGAGUGCGGAAAGAUUGGCUUGAAGGCCAUUUGAGUCCUGAUCAAAUAGAAAACGGGGCAGCGUUUGGCUACUUGUCGGGAAUCAGGCUGAGUGUUGAGUCUUUGGGAGCAGACUGGUGUCCUAAGGUCGAGGUACUGUCACAAUGGGAAAUUGAAAAGCGUGAAAUUGAGAAAGAAAGAAACUUAAGAAGACUGAAAAGAGAAAGUGCCAAAGUAGAAGAUAGAUUAUCGCGCCGCAGCCGGAAAAGACGCGUCGAUGACCUGGAGACCACAAUGAGGAUAUAG